CAGUGUGCUGCGAGGCUUUGCGGAAUCUCGUGUAGUUGGGUUUAUCCGUUCAUUGUGGCAGUUAAAAUGCUCCUAAACCGCUUUUAUAGGGUUCUUUAACUUUCUCCUUUCUCAGUUUACCCUACUUUGUUUUCUCUUCAAUCCAGAAUGCAACGUGCAGUUCAAGCUUUUUCGGUGCAUGGAACUACAGUGAAAAAUGCGGUCUUGCAUCGCAUUCGGGUUGUCAAUCCUUUUAUUCGACCCGUUAUGUUUUCCAGAUCAGUUUCAUCUGCUAGUAUGGAAGAACAUGGGUUUGAAAGCACAACUAUUUCAGACGUUUUGAAAGCCAAAGGUAAAGCUGCAGAUGGCUCCUGGCUUUGGUGCACUACAGAUGACACUGUGUACAAUGCUGUGAAGUCGAUGACUCAACACAAUGUUGGUGCCCUGGUGGUUGUACAACCUGGAGAUCAGAAAUCAAUUGCGGGUAUCAUCACAGAGCGAGAUUAUCUUAGGAAGAUAAUAAUACAUGGAAGAUCAUCCAAGUCAACUAAGGUCGGGGACAUCAUGACUGAAGAGAACAAGCUCAUCACGGUCACACCUGAGACCAAAGUUCUGCAAGCAAUGCAACUGAUGACAGAUAACCGUAUCAGACACAUUCCGGUGAUCAAUGACAAGGAAAUGAUUGGCAUGGUUUCUAUCAGAGAUGCUGUUCGUGCUGUGGUGAGCGAGCAACGUGCAGAGCUGGACUGCUUGAACGCUUUCAUACAGGGAGGAUACUAGAAGAUGAUGAAAUCUUGUAUGUUUCAUCCUCUGGACUUAAGCAAGCAAGCGGAGAGCUUGCAAAUGUGCAGUGUUUUUGCUCUUCUUCAGAGUUCUUUUGUGAAUAUGCAAGUGAUGUUGGAAUAAUUACAGUGUGGACUAAGUGUUCAAGAAUAAACAUUCUCAUGUUGCUUCUUCCUAUUUGUCUAGAAAAGUGGCAAUGGCAACAUUAAUCUGUUUAA